AUGAAGCUCAUCAUCCUGGACCACUAUUCUCAGGCCAGUGAGUGGGCGGCCAAGUACAUCAGGAAUCGCAUCAUCCAGUUUAACCCAGGGCCAGAAAAGUACUUCACCCUGGGACUUCCCACAGGGAGCACCCCACUUGGCUGCUACAAGAAACUUAUUGAAUACUACAACAAUGGGGACCUCUCCUUCAAAUACGUCAAGACUUUCAACAUGGAUGAAUAUGUGGGCCUCCCUCGAGACCACCCUGAGAGUUACCACUCCUUCAUGUGGAACAACUUCUUCAAACACAUUGACAUCGACCCAGCAAACACCCACAUUCUGGACGGGAAUGCCACCGACCUGCAGGCUGAGUGUGACGCCUUUGAAGAGAAGAUCACGGCUGCGGGUGGGAUUGAGCUGUUUGUUGGAGGCAUUGGCCCUGAUGGACAUAUUGCCUUCAAUGAGCCGGGCUCCAGUCUGGUGUCCAGAACCCGUGUGAAGACACUUGCCAUGGACACCAUCCUGGCAAAUGCCAGGUUCUUCGAUGGCGAUCUUUCCAAGGUGCCAACCAUGGCCCUGACAGUGGGUGUGGGCACUGUCAUGGAUGCUAGAGAGGUGAUGAUCCUCAUCACAGGGGCUCACAAAGCGUUCGCACUGUACAAGGCCAUCGAGGAGGGCGUGAGCCACAUGUGGACCGUGUCCGCCUUCCAGCAGCAUCCCCGCACCGUGUUUGUGUGCGACGAAGACGCCACCCUGGAGCUGAAAGUGAAGACUGUCAAGUAUUUCAAAGGUUUAAUGCUUGUUCAUAGCAAGUUGGUAGACCCCUUGUACAGCAUCAAAGAGAAAGAAACAGAAAAACACGAGCCUUCUAAGAAAUCAUACAGCGAUUAGCCUGUGCUGGAACCUGGCAUCAAGUACCUCAUCGGGACAAGCGGGUCUUUCUGGAAAUUGUCUUUAGGAAAACAAAACUGUCUCUUUUAUUUUGUAUGGUUAACUCCAGAUAAGUGGGUAAACAUGUUAUUCUUGGAUGUGAGGCUUGAA